AUGGAUAUACUCAACGCCACAGAGAUUCUACAUGACUACGAGGUUGUUUUCUUGGCGUCUCUUGUUGGUGUUGAUAAAGAAGAAAAAGUCAAAGUCAUUGAACACUUGGAGAAACACAUGGCUCCUGGUGCUCUUCUCAUGCUUAGGAGUGCUAAAGGCCUUAGAGCUUUUCUAUAUAUAGACGUUGAUCCUUGUGAUCUAAGAGGUUUCGAGGUCUUGGAGACUUAUCACCCGUCGUUGUCAGAAGGGUUUGUGAACUCGGUGAUGGUCGCACGCAAACUCAGUGAUUGA